ACGCAGCACUUCCGCCCGCAUCCCCGCUUCUGGAUGAUGUUGAACCGCUGAGUUCCAGCCAUGGGUUCUUCUGGCCUAGCUCGGCUGCAGGGGCUCUUCGCUGUCUAUAAACCUCCGGGGCUGAAGUGGCUGCACUUGCGUGAGACCGUGGAGUUGCAACUGCUUAAAGGUCUCAAUGCCCAGCAGCCUCCUGCUCCUGAUCAGCGUGUUCGCUUCUUGCUAGGCCCUGUGGAAGGCAGUGAAGAGAAGAAGUUGACUCUCAGAGCCACCAAUGUACCCUCCCUCACCACCCACAGACUUGUACGUGGUCCAGCAUUCACAAACCUGAAGAUCGGUGUGGGACAUCGCUUGGAUGUCCAGGCUUCUGGUGUGCUUGUGCUCGCCGUGGGACAUGGACGCAGCCUCCUCACUGACAUGUAUGAUGCUCAUCUCACCAAGGAUUACACAGUGCGUGGCCUCCUGGGCAAAGCUACAGACAACUUCUGUGAAGAUGGACGGCUGAUAGAGAAGACAACGUAUGACCACGUGACCAGAGAGCGGCUGGACCGGAUCCUGGCUGUGAUCCAAGGCUCCCACCAAAAAGCUCUGGUGAUGUACUCCAACCUGGACCUGAAAUCCCAGGAGGCCUAUGAGAUGGCUGUGCAAGGUGUGAUCAGGCCCAUGAACAAGUCCCCCAUGCUCAUCUCUGGCAUCCGCUGCCUGCACUUUGCACCUCCCGAGUUUCUUUUGGAGGUGCAGUGUAUGCACGAGACGCAGCAGCAGCUGAGGAAGCUGGUGCAUGAAAUCGGCCUGGAGCUGAAGACCAGCGCUGUCUGCACGCAAGUGCGGCGGACUCGGGAUGGCUUCUUCGGCCUGGAUGAUGCCCUCCUGAGAACCCAGUGGGACCUACACAACAUCCAGGAUGCUAUCCAGGCGGCAGCUCCCCGGGUGGCAGCGGAACUGCAAAAGAACUUGAGCCUAAAGCUGGGCCACCAUCAGCUCCCCAGCACUGGGCAACCUUGGGGUCUCAAGGACCCAAGCUCCACUUUGGAGUUGGAAAGCUGUUCAGGGCAGUAAAGGGCCAGGUAGCAACCAGAUGGAGAGCAAACAGGCUCUUCACAGGUCAGAACUGGUCACUCCGCAGGAGUAAUGAGAUCAGGGGCCCCUGAGCCAUUAUCCUUGAGACACAGACUAACUGCAGAGGCAAGCAGGUGUGGCCAUGGGGGCCUAUCGUCCCAGCUAAUUGGGAGGCCCAGGUUAGAAUCUUAACAGUUCAAGGCCAGCCUAGGGUUUCUUAGUAAAACCUUGACUCAGAGUCAGGCAUGAUGUCUCAGGCCUGUAAUCUUAGCCCUCCAGAGGUAGAAAGGAAAAUCGUGAGUUCAAGGCCAGCCUGGGCUACUUGCAGUGUUCAGCUUUUCAACUGAUGGGAAAUGCCGCUGCCUCAGCACUCCUUGGCCGUGAGCGAUGAUCUUUUCACAGAGGGAAAGUCUUUUUUGCUGUUUCAAGGUGUCUCACAGCUGAGAUCUCAGUACUACUCAGCUGAGCCAGGAGGAUGGCUCUGAGUUUAAGGCCAGUCUGAACAAGUCUCCUGGAGUACUUUGUGGUAUGUGUCAGUAUUUAAUCCUGCCAGUCAAUCCUGCAAACCUGUAAUUAGCACCUGGGUGGUGGAGACUGGAAGAUCUGGAGUUCAAGGUCAUCUUUGGCUACAUAAGUUCCAGGCUACAUGAAACGUUAUCUCUAAGACAAUAUAAAAAGCCCAGAAUUAUUUUUUAAAAGGUUUUCUUUCUUAUGCAUGUGAGUAUUUACAUGCAUGUAUGUCCACACCUGGUGCAUCAUGGAGGCUAGGAAAGGAUGUAAGAGCCCUGUGGCUGGGCUUAAAGGCAGUUGUGAGCCACCAAGAAGAUGCUGACAAUGGACCACUAGUCCUCUGGAAGACAGCUUAACCACUGGUCCAUUUCUUCAGAAUUUAAUUUAAUUGCCUGCCCUGUGAUACAAUGCUGUAACUAUCCCGUGCCCCGGCUGUAAACACAGGCUGAUGAUUGUUGGUGUCUGCAGUGUGAACACUAACAGGCUGAUGAUUGUUGGUGUCUGCAGUGUAAACACUAACAGGCUGAUGAUUGUUGGUGUCUGCAGUGUGAACGAACACUAACAGGCUGAUGAUUGUUGGUGUCUGCAGUGUGAACACUUACAGGCUGAUGAUUGUUGGUGUCUGCAGUGUGAACACUUACAGGCUGAUGAUUGUUGGUGUCUGCAGUGUGAACACUUACAGGCUGAUGAUUGUUGGUGUCUGCAGUGUGAACACUAACAGGCUGAUGAUUGUUGGUGUCUGCAGUGUGAACACUAACAGGCUGAUGAUUGUUGGUGUCUGCAGUGUGAACACUUACAGGCUGAUGAUUGUUGGUGUCUGCAGUGUGAACACUAACAGGCUGAUGAUUGUUGGUGUCUGCAGUGUGAACACUAACAGGCUGAUGAUUGUUGGUGUCUGCAGUGUGAACACUAACAGGACAGCAAGGGAUGGUGUUCACUCAGUGGUGCCGGUGGAAGGCGUGGUGCAGAGAAGACAUCGGGUUUAUAAAAUACAGUGGUUUUCCUCUUUGAGAAAGGCAUGUGAUGUUUUAAUUACCCUCCAACUCUCCCUUGACCCCAUUGCCAUCAUGUCCCCCUCUUAGCCUCAAGUCCGCUAUCUUUGUAAGUCCCUGAGACCAGUUAGUGUAGGGCAAGUGCAUGGGUAUGGGGCCAUUUACAGCCUACCCCCUCCGCCAGCCUCAAGGUGGUGGGGUCCAUGAGCCCCUUUGUGUGGUAAAUAAUAUUAAUUGGGGGUUUCCAGCAUGCCUUAGAUUACUUAGUUCCCAGAUAAAGGGCACUGCCUUUGCACAUGCAAGAAGCCUCUGGGUUUAUUUCAUCUACUUCCUUGCCAAGAACCCAGAGACGCCACCUGCCAUGUUCUGCCUGGGCCAGCCACUCUUACUCCCCUGGACACCCUUUGGCCAGUUUUUACUACCCCUUACCCCAUGGUGUCUUCCUCUCUUCUCUGAUCUCUCCAUGAGUCUAUCCCUCAGACCCCAAGCCCUACCUCCUAUAGACUGUAGGCAUUUUUAUUAACCAGUCAGAGAUAACUUGGGGACAAGGUUCCAUAGACUUGGUGCACAUUGAAGAUCUUCUCUUCCUGAGGCAACCAGACCUUGGGGGCCAGUAUUUAGCAUUACGACACAUAACAGACCAAACCUCAACACCCCUUCCAUCCCUGCCGGGAGGUUGACUGGCUGGUUGUGUACAGAUAACCAGAGGUGCUUUGAGACUAUCAUGCCCAGAAGUCAGUUUUCCAGUACUGUCCCCUGUCCCUGGCUUCUGAGACUUGCUCCUCUCCCUGUGUAACCUGCGCAGCACCUUCCAGUGUUAGGAGAGGUUUCCAGGUCUGUUCUUCAUAUGCUGUCACCAAGUGUGGUGUCCUCAGCAGCAUGGUCUGUCAUGUUCUGCUGGGUAACCAAGAGCAAUAGCAUUAGCUUGGAUUGUUUGAAGGAUCUGGGUGACCUGACAAAGGGACGUAUCCCACAGUGGACAGGAGCAUUUUAAAAACCUAUGACUUUUGGGACAGAGCUUUAGUCCCUGUGUAGUGUACCUCCAUUCAAGCCUCUAUAUAUAUAUAUAUAUAUAUAUAUAUAUACACACACACACACACACACACACAUACAUACAUGUGAAUAUAAAUGUUUAAAUAUUUGUUUUCAGGACAGUUUUGCUGUGUAAUCUUGGAACUCACUUUGUAGAUUAUGCUGACCUUGAGCUCUGAGCACCUUUGCCUCCUGAGUGUUAGGAUUAAAGUGUGUGCCACUAUAUCAGCUUAAUUAUAUUUUUUAGUAAACUUAGAAAACUAGUUUCUAUGUGGCUUUUCAAAUAUCCUUAAUGUUAGUGACCCCUCUCCCUGCCACCUAGGGGUUUUGUAAAGCUGUUUUUCUCCCUGAUUUUAUUUCUCUCUGUAGUAGGUACUUUGCCCCCAUGUGUAGAUAGAUACCUUUUCACUUUC